AUCGCUUGAUACAUACUUGAAAAUAUUUUAAUUGCGUAGUAAAGAUGGAACGCACUUACAUUAUGGUUAAACCUGAUGGUGUCCAGCGUGGCCUCAUUGGUGAGAUCCUCAAGCGUUUUGAGAUGAAGGGUUUAAAAUUGAUUGCUGCCAAGUUUGAACACCCAACUAUGGAUGUUGUUGCUCAGCACUAUUGUGAGCACAAGGACAAGCCUUUUUUCAAAGACCUUUGUGACUUUAUAUCCCAUGGACCUGUCUUCUGUAUGAUCUGGGAAGGUCCUGAGGCCAUCAAGAUUGGUCGCAAUUUAGUGGGAUUAACAUCUCCUGUAGAGAGUGCGGCUGGUACUAUUAGGGGUGAUUUCGGUGUUGUGAAAAAUUUCAACAUCGUCCAUGCCAGUAGUUCUGCUGAGGACGCAGCACGCGAAUGUGCGUUAUGGUUUACUCCUGAGCAGUUGGUAACUUGGGAGAGGAGCGUUGGUGGUUGGAUUUACUGAUUGGUUGCGGGAAUGUCUGCAUUUUCGAUAAUAUC